AUGACCGAUGCCGUCGCCCCACUGCAUCAGGAGGACGAAGACCGAAUGGAGCAAACUGCCCGCACGUCCAUACUAGCCCUCGCGCACGCAGCACCAAAGAGACCACCCUCGGCUGGAAACUCGGCUUCUCCUUCUUCUGCCACCGCCGGGUUCGAUCUUCGUGCUGUUUUCAACUCGCUAGGAGGAGCGCCCGCCGGCGACACCGCCGUGCUCCGCGCGGGGGACCUUCAAGCCGCGCUCGUAAGACUAUGCCAGGAGGACAGCCGCACGAGUUUGGCCACGACAGCGGCAGUGCCAAGCGCUGGUGUCUCAGACGCCGCUGCUGCUAGGGUCGCGGCCCGGGUGGUCGGCACCAGCGAAGGCGUCGAUUAUCGGCGCUUCGAAGACUGGAUCAUGCCGCCACGCGGGUUCGAGGAGGUCCGACGCGUCCUGAUCGAGCUCGUGGAGGAGGGUUCUUUCCUCGGACUCACGGCGGCCGAGCUGUUUCUGCAGCUGGACGACGGCGCUCAGCACGAGGGCAUUGGCAGCCGCGAGCUAAAGAAAGGGCUGGCCUCCUUGAGCGUUCAUCUGACCGAAACCGAGGUUGCGAUGGUGAUGUCCGGUGCGGGUUCUUGUUCCACCGGUGGUGGCAUCGACGAGCGGAAUCAAUCUGGCAAGGAUCGACUAAUAAUGACCUUGGAAGAAUUUUCAGCCCUUGUCCAGAACCCGCUCAAACAGCGGCAACGGGCAAUACCGGUCACUGCCACUGGUUCUGCUGCACGCGCCUUGGAAGCGAACAAGUCUCCGCAGGGAGCGGAACUUAGCAACGCGAGAAGGCACACCAACAACACCGACGGCGCUGCCGCGGCGGAGGAUGGCGACGGGUGUGUGACACCCGAUAGCCUUGCGCCGAGAAUGUCGCUGUCGGAGCUGCAAGUGUUGGACGACGGGAAGGGCAGCGGUGGCGGCAGCGCGUACGCGGGCGGUCCCGCUACCUCUAACUCCACCGCGGCGCACGUGGAGGCGUUCGGGCGGGUCGCCGCCGAUGUGCAGGCGGUGCUCGCUACGGCCGUCUCUGGUAGCGGGACGGGACGCAGCGGGCCAGGUACCGGUGGGCAGGAUGGGUGUUCUUCUGGUACUGGCGGUAAGCGUGGCGGGCCAGGAGGUUCAAUCAGCAAGGACAGGAGACCCACGGUACCUUCCCCGAACUCAUCAGCGGGCCCGGCGGCCAUGGAGGCGUGUGCCACCGACAGUCGAAACCGAGUCGGGGUCGCGGACAGAAGCCCUGGUGAGGAAGAGGGGAAGAGGAAGAAGAAGAAGAAGGAACAGGAAGGAAAACACGGUGGAGAGGAGCAAGAAAGUACCUCGCAAACGCCAACAAGCAGUAGGGUAUCCACGGCCGCCUCACGCUCCGCCCCGUUCCCGCGCACGGGCGCUAUAACGCCUCCGUUCGGGCCGGCGCGGUCGCCCUCGGAGCCUCUCCACCCCACCCGGGCGUCUCGGGAAAGGCUGGAGGCGGCCCUAGAGGGUCUCGACCUCAAGGAGCGCUUGCGGCCGACCACCACCGUUGGAGGAAACAACCCUGACAACGGCAGCGACCAUCCUACCAGCUCUCUCGGCGCGCGUAGGAGAAGCUCCCACAGGAGCGCCGGGGCGCGUCUACCUGCCGAAGGUGCUGGCGGCGAGGCACGACAAGCGUCGUCGCAGCGGCGUGCGAGCUCUGUCGGGGGUAGUGGAAGGCGGCCCGGAACGUCGUCUUCCGUGGCGAAGGUUGCCGUCGGCACCGCCGCAAGCCCGGCAACAUUUUUAUCACGCCGCUUGGCGUCUGACGUUGUCGGUGGUGGGGUCGGCAGCAGCAAUAGGAGACCCGUGGCGGGAAGGCGGAGGACGGCGACAGGGGUCGACGAGAGAGGUUCACGUGCCGAUCGGUUGUCCGGCUCGAGAAGUGGAGCGGCUGGACCGGAACAGCGGCAGCAGCAGCUCCUGGGAGAAGUCGUAGAUUUGACCGCGGCAGAAGGGGCCCGGAAGCCUGAAUACGACGGAGGGUCCGAGGGCGCGCCGGAGGUUAUAGGAGGCCUGCGGGCCAAGGUCGCCGAGCUGGAGCUUGCGGAGCAUCUCCUCCGGUGCGAGCUAGACGGAGCGCGCUCGGACCUCGUUUCGGAACGCCGGCGGGCCGAGAAGGAGUCGCGGAGAGAGGCGGCCAGGGCCAAGGAGCGGGAGCGCGUGCUGCAGACAAGGAUGGGCGCGCGGCUAAGGGCGGCGGAGGCCGAGGCGGCAGCAACAGCGAAACGGAUGGCCGACUUCAAGCGAGCCUCGGCAACAGAGGCCGCCGCGCGAGAAAAGUCAUCGGCUGAUUACCUCCGUCGAAGGCUCAAGGAGGCGGAGGUGGUCCUGGAGGCCAAGGCAGCACGACGCAUCUCAUCGUCGAAACGACAACAACAACAACGGCAACGAGCAUACUUGGCCACCGGACGGCCGCACAGGGAGAGCCGGGGUGGCGACGACGGCACCGACUCAGCCGGCGGAAGCGGGAGCGGUGAUGGUACUGCUGGUCGCGGAAUCGGCAGCAGCAGCGGGUGGGGCCAGCGGCGAGCAAGGAGACGGAUAGUGCCUCCGGGCGACGCGGGGGGCGGCGUCGGUGGCGACCGGGGUGGUGACAGGAGCGCGGCCGCCGCAGCGGCGAAGCUUCGGGACGAGCUGGCGUCUUGCCGCAAGAAGCUCGACGUCGCGACCGCGGAGGUGUCCAGGCUGAAGAAAGAGGUAUCUGCUGCUUCGGGCAGGAAGGGUGGCGGUAGGCGCGGCGACUGCAAAGGGGCCGAGGAGUGGGGAGGAGGAGGGGGCCCCGUGGCGAAGGAGAGGGGAGGGGGCAAGAAAAGCGCUCGGCCAGGCAAAGCCUGCCUCGUUUGCGGCGAACGCGGUGGAAGCAGUCGCGAGAGACAGAAACAGCGGGAGCGUAGACUCGCGGCUCGGAUGGCCGAAAGCGAAGACGCGCGUAUCGAGGUGGAAGCGGAGGCGGGCAGGUUGCAGGCCUUCCUAGAUGAGAUGAGGGGUCUAGGGCCGCCUAUCGUGCAAUAUUGGCGGGGUGGGGCGGAGCGGGAAGCUGAGUGA